AUGUUUCCUGAAAGUGGGCAAACCAGCAAGCAUUGUUUCCUAGCCAUGUUUCCUGAAUGUAAGCAAACAAGGGAACAUUGUUUCCUAGCCAUGUUUCCUGAAGGUGAGCAAACCAGGAAACAUUGUUUCCUAGCCAUGUUUCCUGAAGAUGGGCAAACCAGGAAACAUUGUUUCCUUGGCAUGUUUCCUGAAGGUGAGCAAACCAGGAAACAUUGUUUCCUAGCCAUGUUUCCUGAAGAUGGGCAAACCAGGAAACAUUGUUUCCUUGGCAUGUUUCCUGAAGGUGAGCAAACCAGGAAACAUUGUUUCCUAGCCAUGUUUCCUGAAGAUGGGCAAACCAGGAAACAUUGUUUCCUUGGCAUGUUUCCUGAAGGUGAGAAAACCAAACCAGGAAACAUUGUUUCCUAG